AUGUGGCACGUGCCCCGCCUACAACUCGUGAGGGUGAGGGCGGCGGGAUUAUCGAGACGGCAUUUGGUGCAAAAGGCCGCAGUGUCAAUAGAGGGCCAACGAUGGGAGACGACGACUUCGAGGGGCACUCUACUGGAGCACCAGCAUCUCACGGAAGAUGAAUCUACCGGCCUGACGAGCUAUGAAUCUGCCGAAGAUGCCCAGGAACGGCAUCGGGCUGCCUUUUUGACCUGGAAGGGCCUCCCCGAAAAGUCGAGGGCAGAGCAUGAGUGUCCACGACCUCGUCUUAUAUCAUUUGAAUCUACGCCAACUUUCACGCUUGGACGUCGACAGGAUGAUCUCACUCAAGACCAGAAGACACAUUUAGAGUGGCCGUUGUACGUCCAUCUUUUGCGGCAUCCUCAGCCCAUCAAAAUGCUUUCUCAUCCUCGGGUGAAAAAGACCAACCGCGGCGGCCUCACCACAUAUCAUGGCCCUGGCCAGCUUGUCCUUUGGCCAGUGCUGGACAUGCAUUCUUCCCUCUAUCCCAAAUACAGUGUCUCCACGUUUGCUAGUCAUCUUGAGGCGACCACACAGCAGUUUCUCGCGGACAUGUUUGACAUUGAAACAUAUACCAAUCGUGAUGAGCCUGGAGUCUGGGUUCGGGCUUCGUCGGGCCAGCCGCGCAAGAUUGCAGCUCUUGGAGUCCACCACCGGCGGUACGUCACAGCUUUGGGCACUGCCAUCAACAUUGAUGUCACCGUAAAGGGCAGCGAGACUGUCAACCCGUGGGCUCGGUUCGUCCCCUGUGGCCUUGAGGGAAAGCUGGCGACGUCCGUUGUGGCCGAGCUCGGUAGUGCUGCUCAGGGCAUGUCGUUUGAUAUAUCAGACUUGGCACAACGCUGGGCCAGUAUAUUUGAAGAAGGGCUGAUGGAUGCGUCAAAACGAGGUGUCGACCUGGGACGGUGA